GGGCCCUGGACGGUGAACCACGGCCUGGACCGGCGUCCCCAGACCCCGGGCCGACCCGCGCGGGGGAAGGUGCAGGAGCGGUCCACGCAUCCCCCUUCAGCCGUGGCUUGCGAGGACUGCAGCUGCAGAGACAAGAAGGUGGCGCCGCUUGCUCCUUGACAAGCUCCGGGGCCUCAGGUAUCCGCCCUUGCUCUGGCUGCGCCCCGCCCUUUGCCGUUGUCAUGGGAACGCCUUGGCGCUCCAAGGCCCGCCUUCGGGGUGUUGCGGACUAUUGGCUCCGCCCUUUGCACGCUACUUCCGGUCGGGGAAAGACCGCUUCCGGUGCUUCCGUCGCUCCUUGCCGGUCAUAAUGGCCGCGCAGCGACCCCUGCGGGUCCUGUGCCUGGCGGGCUUCCGGCAGAGCGAGCGGGGCUUCCGCGAGAAGACCGGGGCGCUGAGGAAGGCGCUGCGGGCCCGCGCCGAGCUCGUGUGCCUCAGCGGCCCGCACCCGCUCCCCGACGCCCCGGGCCCCGAGGGCGCCAGAUCAGACUUCGGGUCCUGUCCUCCAGAGGAGCAGCCUCGAGGCUGGUGGUUUUCAGAGCAGGAGGCGGACGUUUUCUCUGCAUUGGAAGAGCCCGCCGUAUGCAGGGGCCUGGAGGAAUCCCUGGGGAUGGUGGCGCAGGCACUCAGCAGGCUGGGGCCUUUUGACGGCCUUCUUGGUUUCAGCCAGGGGGCUGCGCUAGCAGCCUUUAUAUGUGCCCUGGGCCAGGCAGGCGAUCCCCGCUUCCCCUUGCCACGGUUUAUCAUCUUGGUAUCUGGUUUCUGUCCCCGGGGCCUUGGGUUCAAGGAAUCCAUCCUGCAAAGGCCCUUGUCAUUGCCUUCACUGCCACUGCGGUGUCGCCACCCUCUUGUCCUGCGGCGCUGGGGGGCGCGGCGGGCCCUUCGUGCUUAUUCACGCUCUCCUUCCGGAGCCCCGCGGCUCCUGGGGGUCUUCACCUGGCAGCCCCUUCCCCCUCCUCAGUUCCUGGACCUGACGGCUCUGCCGUCACACCCCGCAAGGCCACUGCGGUGUCGCCACCCUCUUGUCCUGCGGGGUGGGCAGGAGAGGAAGCUGGAUUCCCUUGGGGGCCUGGGGCGCAGCUAG